AUGGAGAGCGUCAGCCUCCAGCGACCCGCCUGGAAAUGGCAAGUACUGAGUUUGUUUUCGCUCUGCGGCUGGGGCUGGGUCUCUGGGCAGAUCCGCUACUCGGUGCUCGAGGAGUCGGAGGUGGGGACCGCGGUGGGGAACGUGGCCCAGGACCUGGGCUUGAAGGUGGAGCAGCUGGCGGGCCGCAGGCUGCGCCUGGGCUCGGAGGAGAGCCGGCAGCACUUCGCCGUGCGCCUGGACAGCGGUGUCCUGGUGGUGAGCGAGCGGCUGGACCGGGAGCGCCUGUGCGGAGCCGCCUCCAGCUGCGUGCUGUCAGUGCAGGUGGUGGCAGAGAACCCCCUGCAGCUCUUCCGCCUCGAAGUGGAGAUCCUGGAUCUGAAUGACAACUCCCCCAGCUUCCCCACAGCCCGCCGCAGCCUGCGCAUCGCAGAGUCCGCCGCCGUGGCCACGCGCUUCCCCUUGGAGAGCGCGCAGGACCCCGAUGUGGGCACCAAUGCUGUGGGUUCCUACCGGCUGAACCCCAACUCCCACUUCUCUCUGGACGUCAAGCAGCUGCAGGAUGGCAAACUCUUCCCGGAGCUGGUGCUGGAGCGCGCCUUGGACCGGGAAGAGCGGCCAGAACUGCAGCUGGUGCUGACAGCCGUGGAUGGCGGCAGCCCGGCCCGCUCGGGCACAGCGCAGAUAACGGUGCAGGUGCUGGACAUCAAUGACAACGCGCCCGCCUUUGACCGUGCCACGUACAAGGUACAAAUCCCAGAAAACACACCUGUGGGAGCUCUGCUCCUCCAGCUCAAUGCGUCAGAUCCCGAUGAGGGCCCCAAUGGGGAAACGCAGUACUCUUUUGGGGUGCACACCUCCGAGGCUGUCCGGCGACUCUUUGCGCUGGACCCCCACAGCGGUGAGGUGAGGGUGAGCGGGGAGCUGGACUUUGAGGAAUCGCCCUUCUACGAGAUCCACGUGCGGGCCCGCGAUAGGGGUGUGCCCGAAAUGGAGGGGCACUGCGUGCUGCAGGUGGAGGUGGAGGAUGCCAAUGACAACCCCCCAGAGGUUCUGCUCACCUCUCUGCUGAAUCCAGUGCCUGAAGACACCCCACCAGAGACUGUCGUGGGGCUUUUCAACGUGCGGGACCGAGACUCGGGGGCCAAUGGGGAUGUGAGCUUGGAAAUCUCCCCCAGUGUGCCGUUCGCUGUCAGGUCCUUGCAGAACCACUUCUCACUGGUCACCCGGCAGAGCCUGGAUAGAGAGACCACCUCGCAGUACGUGGUGCAGCUGAUCGCCCAGGAUGGUGGGUCCCCUGCUCUCACCACGAGCCUCACACUGCUCCUCAACGUAUCCGACGUGAAUGACAACCCACCACGCUUCCUGCAGCCCUCCUAUGAUGCUUUUGUCCCAGAGAACAGCCCGCCGGGCUCCUUGCUCUGCACCGUCUCAGCUUCAGACCCCGAUGAUGGAGACAAUUCCCUUCUUGUUUAUUCCAUAGAGGGCCACGUGCAGGGUGCUCCUGCUUCUUCCUACGUCCACAUCAACCCCAACGAUGGCAACCUCUAUGCUCAACGCACCUUUGACUUUGAGCUGCUGCAGGUUCUACCGAUCUCAGUGGCUGUGCGGGAUUCGGGGUCUCUCCCGCUCCACGCCAAUGUCACUGUCUACAUUUUUGUGCUGGACCAGAACGACCACUCCCCUACCAUCCUGCACCCUGCUGGCAAUGGUGAUGUCCCCACACCGGAGAGGGUCCCGCUGUCUGCCCCACCAGGCUACCUGGUGACCAAGGUGACAGCAGUGGAUGCAGAUGCUGGGUACAAUGCCUGGCUGUCGUACCGCCUGCUGCCCGAGUCCACCGAGCCCUCCUUGUUCCAUGUGUCACAGUACACCGGGGAGGUGCGGACGGCCCGUGUCCUGCGGGACACUGAUGUGGCGGUGCAGCAGCUCCUCAUUUUGGUGGCAGACAACGGUGACCCACCACUCUCCACCACCGUCACCAUCAGCGUGGCUCUGGAGGAGGAGGCCUUGGAGGAGAGCUACAAGCCCCGGGAUUUCCUGGCCGGUGCCAAGGAGAAGCCGGACCUGACCCUCUACCUGAUCAUUGCACUGGCAGCUGUCAGCACGGUGGCACUUGCUACCGUCACCCUCCUUGCUGCCUGGUGUCUGCGGCGCCGAGGCCGUGCUGCCGCUUCUCCCCGCUGCUGCUGGGCCGCCGAAUCGCCGUCCCGGGACUUCUUCAAUCAUUCCAGCCCCAAGCUGCAGCUCUGCUCCGACGGCACCCUUAAGUACAUGGAGGUCACCCUACGGCCCAGCGACGCCCAGUCCCAGUGUUACAGCACCUGCUUCUCUCCCGACUCCGACCGCAGCGACUUCACCUUCCUGCGUCCCUGCCCGCCCCCGGGCAUCCUCCCGAGGGAACCCGGGGCUUUCCUCUCC